GCAUAUCGUCUUUACUUUCAAAACGGUGCAAUCUGGAAGAAGUUCGUAACAAGUAAGCCUUUUUUCAUCUUCUCUUUCUGCAAAAGAAUAGAAGGAUGAGUCGUAACGAUCGAAUAUGAACAAGGACACCUGUCCCAAACCAUCUCAUCUCCAGUCUAGCCGGACUCCUUGCAUGUUAAAUUUAUAGGUUAAUACCCCGGUUUUCUCCUCUAUCCGUCUCUCUUCGUUGUGGCUGCAGAAAGGGCCAAAUGGCCAAAUGUUGUCAGGUCGUCGAUAUGUGUAGAUAAAAAAGCUCUUGUCCGGAACGAGAGUUUUGACAUGACAUUCUACUAGUUUGGUUGGACGAGGUCGAGUUCGCCAUGGGCUUUGGUAGCGACGGUGGUGUAGUGGUGGUGGCCGUUUCAGACGAGGUUGGUUUCGUUUCUUCUUCACUGGGCUGUGGUUUCGAUGACACGCUGGCUGGCUGGCUCCAUCCGUGAUUCCAUGCCUCCAGGUGCGUUCACUUUCUCUAGUAUCAUUUCCACUCACACGUGUGCAUCGUCCACGGGGCCGUCUUUGGGAUUCCAUUGACGUCGAGAGUUUAUGUCGAAGCAGCCACUUGCUAACAGAAUGUAACAACAUGUCGAGCUCACCAAUCAAUCACCGCAUCGUCCUUCGUUCGAUGUGCGAAGUUGGAACCAGCGCUCGAGUUCAUUCCGCUUCUGGAAUUUGACAGCGAGAGAGUGAAAGCUGGAACGAAUGACGUGAUCGGGAGUGCGACGCCAUUGAUUCUUCUCUACCGACCCACGGCACGCUCUGUCGACACGGAGUGCCAUGGCCCCCCUACAGACAGACAUACAGACAGCCAGAGUCGGCCGUAGGCAUAACCAUCAAUGAAAUCCUCGGACCUCGCUCUCCUCUCUCUCUCUCUCUCUCUCUCUCUCCUUGAUCGCCCUCCCUUCCUAGAGAACGUCGCGCAGUAAAAGACCAGCUAAUUGGUUUACGCAUCUGCUUGUCUCACUCGGAACCUCGAACCUCGACCUCGUGGGCCUCACGGUGAAUGAGAUGAGUAAUGGGGAGAACGCUGGGGAAGCGGAUUUUUUCUUCAUCCCAAUAGAGGGAUGAAACGCGAGUGUGCGACAUAGGAAGAGAUGGGACUCUAUGGAUGGGGUCAUAGUUGUGCGUCUGACGUAGAACUGCUGGAUGGCCAUUCUCGGUAUGGAUUCCUCGAGUCCAAAUCUCGAGAGCUCCGGCCGGACCUUUUUUUUGGUUUGUCUGGGGCAGUUGCCAUUUCUCUCGAGGGAGUCAGAAUUUGGGCGUACUUGCAUGCUUUCGAGAGAUCCCUACCCCCCUCCCUCCCUCUCUCCCUCCACACUCCAUUUCACUCUCAUCGUGCCCGUUCUCGGGACGAGCAGCAGUACACGCUCUUUUCGGGCCUCGGAUCUCUCGUGGUUUGUGGUUGUUUCGGCCCAACGACAAGCCUCGUCAUUUCCCGGUCCAUUUUAGCUCCCGAUUUACUGCCUAGGAGCUGGUCCACCAUCUCUGAUGCUCGCCCCAUCUUUACCCGCUCCAGCCAAAGGGCAGAACGGGAAAUGGUUGUAGCUUUCAGGUAAUGCCGGGAUUAAAAUCCUCCCGAAGACACCGCUUAAUUCUUUUGACUGUAAGAAAGUUUCGGUUGCGGCAUGGGGGACGAGGGAGCACACGAGAAAGAGGGAGAGCUGGACCACCGACCGUCACUUCAGCGACGCUUUCCUCGUAGCUUACAGUUGGAUAGAUUUGGACCUACGGACAGAGAAUGGCGCAAUUGGGUAUCUAUCGACCGAUCGUAAUCUGGGUGGGAUCCGGAUGCAUGGAGGCUAGCGUUUGUAUUCGAGCGCACACGACAUUCUGAGAAAGUAGGCCCACUGGUCGAACGACCGACGGCCCAUGAAGAAGGUCGCGUAAAUGUUAAAGAGGCUCCGGGAGCGAGGGAAUGAGAUCUCUACCCGCGUCCUUGAAUCCUUUCUGCCUCUAGUCCCUGUUGGCACGGACCAUGUGUCCAAGAGGGAGGGACGUGGAGAGGGUAGAGUGUUUGACUCACGAGUUGACCUCGCCUGAGCCUUGUAGCGGCUACCUCAUCAACCGAAAUGCAUCAAGGAGAAAGACAUGACGAUGGAAAUUAAAAAUGCGCAAGUGGGAAUUCCAUCGACCUUAUCGGCAAUGAGAUGAGGCGGGGCGCUUCGAAGGUCCUGAAAGCCUGCCUGUCUGUCUACGGCUCGACACCAGCUUCUUUGAAUGUCUAGGGUCUCGUAUCCGUACGGAACCAGGUACCAACUGUGCCUGAGUGGCCUGACCCGAGGCUGGCCAGGACUGAUGAGAGGGCCAGCGACCGAGAGAGAACGACAGAAGCAACGAGGCUUGCGUUUUGAGGCAACAUGCAUUUGGCGAUGCAGAAAUCCGCUACAACAGCGAGUGCAAUCAUGCUUUUGAGAUGGCAUUCCAUGUCUGUCUGUCCAUUGGCUUUCGGAGGAAGCACGUCCAAGAGCACGAGGACUGGCUUGCAACGGCCCGUGACUACUUUCCCAAGGAAAAACAUCUCCUUUCAUCUCAUCUCAUCUCAUCUCAUUUCCUUGGCAUGACGAGGGUUUGCAUGCCACAUACAAAGACGGUGGCGACCAGGGACAAGGAUGGGGUGAAGAAAAAGGAGCAGGCCAGGCUUAUUCAAAGAAUGAUUGACUGCUCGUGAGAACAACAUUUCAGCUCCAAUGGGAGCCCCACGCCGACAGCACUUUUGUGACUGACUGUGCCUGCUGGCACCUUGGCUAUGGGAGUCACAGACCAACAGAAUACAAACCUGUACAUUAAAACGACAUUUUGUCCCAAUAUUUGUCAUCUACUCUAGCAUACAGCGCAUACCGUCAUCUUCAUCUUCAUCAUGCAUAUAGAGAAACAAAUGGAUUUCUACCUUUCAACGCGCCUUGUGCGCGACUCUCUACCCCUGGGAGUGAAUUCUCCCUCGUCUACGAAACCGUUGCACAGCAAAAUGGACUGCGCUUCAUCAAGCUUGGCCCGCCCCGCCACUCGGUGACGACACUCUAACGUGGAAGUGUGACUGAUCUCAAGACAUUACCCGCAGAGCACUAACUUAAUCGAUGACGGGUGAUAUACUGGUCACUGUGUGAGCUAGCAUUCGCUGAUAUUGCCCGAAGUACUCACACACAGCCACCACGCCGUCCGUAUGCUUGUUCAGAUCUCCGGGAAGGUCCAGCACAUUGGAAUGCGCUGCGUCCAUCUGCUCCGGCGUUUCCUGUGGUUCCAUUUGGGCCUUGAGGCGGUCUGCCAUCGCAUAUUUCUUGGCUUCGUGGCAGGCCAGCAGAAACAAGGCCGACGAGUCUGGAAGCUGAGCGUUUCGCAGAGCAGCCAGCGCCUCCGACAGUGCACCGGCAGCAACAUAGAGGAUCAUGGCCCUGGAAAAUGUAGAAAUGCCACGUAAUUUUCAGACUUCAAAUGGCUCGAAUUUUGAACGGAAGUUGGAUAGCGCUUUCAGUUUUCUUUCCUACUUCAGAAAAAAAGAUUUGAUUAUUCUGCAUUCUGAACUACCAACGAAAUUCUAUAAACAUAUGACGGUUCAACAUAUGACGUCCAUUAGACGCAAUGGUCUAAUGGAACUUAUAAACAGGAUCGUUGGCUUCUAGCACUCUCUCCAUCUUUUGCUACUAAUUUAUUGGAAUCGGAAAAAGGCUUU